AUGGCAACAUUGACUAAUCUGGUGAAUGCUACAUCAUUGGAAUUUGAACGAAGAAGGAAAUUGGAUGAUGAAGAGUUUGACAUUGUUGAUUGCUACUUGAAAAUAUUAGAAGAAGAUCAGGAAAUCUCCAUGCCUAUUGCAGCCAUUCAGGCUUUAUUGUCUUUUUUGAGGUUUCGACAACCAUCAACGCAGGCUGAAUUGAUUGACAUAUUAAAGAAGGCUACCAAUAAACUCAAGGACCGAGUUGAUGAUUCUACUUCGUUGUCAGCUGGAUGUGAUUUAUUUUUGAGGUAUAUUACGAGAAAUUUAAAUUUGUAUAAAAACUGGGAUUUGGUCAAGAUUCAUCUAAUUGAAAAUGGGAACAUUUUUCUUACCAGAUCCAAAGAGAGUCGAUCCAAAAUAUGCAAGAUUGGAUACAAGUUCAUCAAAGAUGGAGAUAUAAUAUUGGUACACUCCUUUUCAAGAGUGGUUUUACAAUUGUUGGUGAAGGCCAAUGAGGAAAACAUCAGAUUCAGAGCAUUUGUAACAGAAGCCAAACCUAGCAAAACCAAAUACACAUCAAUCAAUAUGGUGGAGGAAUUGAGAAAAAGUGGAAUUCCAACAAAGUUGAUACUUGAUUCCUCAGUUGGAUACGUUAUAAACAAAAUCGACAAGAUUUUGGUUGGAGCCGAAGGUGUGUUGGAGACGGGAGGUGUUGUGAAUCAUAUUGGCACAUAUCAAAUUGGAUUACUCGCCAAAACAGCCAACAAACCAUUGUAUGUGGCAGCAGAAUCGCACAAGUUUGUCAGAGAGUUUCCAUUAAGUCAAGACGAUUUCUCUAAACGGUAUGAGAAGAAUGAUAUCAUGAACUUUGAUAAAUCGACCAAAAGCAGCGAGGAGGAUAUAAUCUACGAGUUGAAUAGAAACCCUAAACUAGAUUUCACUCCACCAGACUACGUUACAGCAUUAAUAACUGAUUUGGGAGUGCUAACUCCUAGUGCAGUUUCCCACGAAUUGAUCAAAAUGUGGUAUGAUUAG